AUGGCUAGUAAAAAGUCGCACGUCUUCCGGGUGACCGGCUUGUCGAGAGAACAGCCCGAUGGGGAUCUCGAGACCACAUUACAGGAGGCCCUCAACGACAACUUCGCCGAGGACGAGAGAUCACAUAUCAUGGCUGCGAUCACGAUAGUCCCUUCAUGCUAUGAAAGUGACACACAGAGGGUGGCGCUGGUACAGUUUCGCGGCGGAGUGCCUGAGUUUCUCCAUGACCUCAAUCCACUCGGAGACUGGCAGGUCGAGAUGGGAGACGAUGAUAUCAACUUUGACUCCCACUUCUUCGGGUUUACCCAGCUCUCUGCGCUGGAGGAAAACAAGCCUGUGGAUGCAGAUAUCAUUGCGAUCGCCGGACUCGAUGGACAUGCGUACGGAUCGUGGCAAGGAAGAGGGAAUCUCGGUCGCAUGUGGCUCCGUGACUUCCUGUCGAAGGAUCUUCCGCAGUGUCGCACAAUGAUCUACGGGUACAACUCCAAGCUGUCGAGCCACGGAGUCGAUACGAUUCUCGACUACGGGCGGGAGCUGAUGGAGGAGAUCAAGAAAAUCCGGAAUACAAAGGAGCUCCAGCAGAGACCUCUUAUUUUCAUCGCACACAGUUUUGGAGGAAUCAUUCUGGCUCAUUGCCUGGUGAGAGCCAUUCAGACCAUGGAGGAAGACCACCCGGCGAUCACGUCGCUGCAUCGAGCCACGUACGGCAUGAUGCUCUUUGCGAUCCCACACAAAGGAUUAGUGAUAGACGAUAUCCAACAGAUGUUGGCCAGCGAUGGACGCCAUCCGCGAGGACAGUUGCUGCAGCAAAUUUCCAGUAAAUCUGACCUGCUAAUCCAUCAACUGGCCGACUUCAAAAAUCUGAUCCGGGACCGUAAGGUGGUCAGCUUCUAUGAAACGGAGCAGACAAGGCGUCUGGCAUGGGACUCGGACAGCGGACGAUGGAAUCGCACCGGGGAUUUCAUGACAACGGUUGACGCAGACUCGGCUCUUCUCCAGCUCCCCGACCACGUAGAGGACAAGGUGCCGCUGCAUGCCGAUCACUCGAUGAUCGUCAAAUUUGACGCGCGCAACGCGGCCGGGUAUCGGACGACGCUCGAUAAACUGCGGCAGUUUUCAAAGGAUGCGCCGUCGGUGAUCCGUUCGAAGCCCCAGCCGCAAUCCACGGUGCCUUUUAAGAAAGACCCUAUGUUUGUGGGCCGUGGAGCUGUAAUCAGUGCAAUCAAGGAAAAACAUGCGGCGAUCGGCCAGCAUCAUAAGCGGGUGGCAUUAGUAGGGCUAGCUGGUGUUGGGAAAACCCAGAUAGCCAUCGAGUAUUCUUAUCGCGUGCGAGAAACAACACCAAACAUCUGGGUUUUUUGGAUCCACGCCAGCAAUGCAGCGCGGUUGGAAGAGAGCUACCAGGAGAUUGCUACAGUAGCGGAGAUUCCGGGACGGGACUACCCGAAGAUCAACAUCCUUCAGCUCGUGUAUCAAUGGUUGCGUGAUCCACAAAAUGGGUGCUGGCUGAUGGUAUUAGACAAUGCGAAUGAUUAUGGGCCACUGGAGAGGUUCCUGCCUCAGGCCACGCAUGGAUCAAUCCUGGUCACGUCCCGAAAUGGACUAGCGGCACGGAAUCUGGUGGGGAGUGAUGGUCAUGUGAUCACGGUUCAUCCUAUGGAUGAAGACGAGUCUCUCACCCUUUUACGGGCAAGGAUCCCGGCCUCUCAAUCGACAGAGUGUGGAGAGGAUGAGAAGGCACUGAUCCAGACACUUGAAUAUAUUCCGCUGGCAAUCACUCAAGCCGCGGCUUACCCCCCCAUCACCCUCUCCACAUACCUUCGACUGUUUCAUGAGAGUGAGUCAAAGCGGACGCGGCUUCUCCAGAAUGAGGAUUUCACGGAUCUUCGACGUGAUCCCAGCAUUCGGUAUGCGGUGAUCACAACUUGGCAGCUAUCGUUUGACCAGAUCCGCCAGGAGCGGUCGACAGCGACCGAUCUCCUAGCGUUAAUGAAUCUGGUGCGCGACUCUAAUCAAGAUGAGCUGGACUUUCAUUAUGCACUGGCGCCGCUGCUCGGUUAUUCUCUGAUCCGACUGGAGAGAAACGAACGGUUGUUUGAUAUGCACCACUUGGUGCAAUUAUCGGUCCGGGCGUGGCUGGAUAUGCACCAACAGCUCCGUGGUUGGCUGGCUAAAUCUCGAAGGAUUAUGGCAAGAGCCUUUCCAGAUGGCAAGUACGAAAGCUGGAUGCAAUGUCAAUCGCUUCUUGCGCAUGCCCAAAGCGUGCUGAAGUUUAUGUAUGAUUUAGAUGAUGAAGAUCGAUUAAAUGCUGCCACACUCUCGUCUCAUUGCGGGUGGUUUCUAGUUCUCCAAGGAGCUUAUGAAGAGGCAGAAUCGAUGCAUCUAGGGGCAUUAGAAGCACGAGAGAAGGUGCUUGGAAGUGCACAUCCUGAUACGGUCACUAGUGUCAACCAAGUUGGCAAUGUGCUCUUAAGCCAAGGGGAAUAUGAAGAGGCGGAAGCGAUGUAUCGACGGGCACUAGACGGGUAUGAACAGGGGCUUGGGCGUGAACAUCCUCAUACUCUCACCAGUGUCGGUAACCUCGGCUUGGUGCUAUCCAAUCUAGGGAAAUAUGAAGAGGCGGAAGCAAUGUAUCGACGGGCGUUAGAAGCACGAGGGAGGGUGCUUGGACUCGAGCAUCCCGAUACGCUCACCUCUUUGAAUACACUGGGCAAUGUGUUCAAUAACCAAGGGAAAUAUGAGGAGGCGGAAAGCCAUGCAUUGACGGGCACUUCAAGCCAUGUCCUUACAGACUGCGAGUUCUAG